UAUCUAAACUGAGUUUCGAUCAGUCUCGUUACGUCUCGUAUCGCUCUCACUCUAGAUCACUCUCACUCUCAUUCUCAAAUCGCUCUCGAUCGUUCCCCAAAAAUUUCAACACAAAUCGUUCCUCAAAGUUCACUCUCAAAUCGUUCGAAGUCGCAGUUCAUUGUUCGUUAUUCCAACUCAAUCGGAAUCGUUCAUCUUUCUCAUCUGAAAUUUGUUCAAAAUCGCAUUUUGUAAAGAUUCAAUUUGAGGGGAAGAAGCAGACAUGGAAUGCGUGGUUCAGGGAAUUAUAGAGACACAGCAUGUCGAGGAAAUACCCCAUGAAGGACUGUAUUCAAGACAACUUCGACAUUUGAUAUUGUUUCUUUUGCAGCAUGUCGAGGCUCUUGAGAUUCUUCUUCAAGGACUAUGUGGUGUUCAGAGAGAACGAUUAAGAAUCCAUGAAUUGUUCCUCAAGAAUAAUCCUAACUUGGGCACGGGAUCCUCUGAGGUUCGACUUUUAUGUGAUUUAGAGCAAACUGAACCCUCAUGGACUGUUAGACAUGUUGGUGGUGCAAUGAGGGGUGCUGGUGCUGACCAAAUUUCAGUUCUGGUUAGGACAAUGGUAGAAAGCAAAGUGAGCAAGAAUGUGCUUCGCAUGUUCUAUGUACUGGGCUAUAGGUUAGACCAUGAGCUGUUGAGGGUGGGGUUUUCCUUCCAGUUCAAUAGGGGGGCACAAAUCACUGUAACGGUUUCGUCAGUCAAUAAAAUGCUGAAGCUGCAUGCCACUGACGAGGCUGUGCCAGUAACACCUGGCAUACAGAUGGUUGAAGUAACAGCCCCUGCUUCUGCUGAAAACUAUACUGAAGUUGCUGCUGCUGUUCAAUCCUUUUGUGAAUACCUUGCCCCGCUUCUGCAUCUGUCCAAACCAGGCGUUUCAACUGGUGUGGUUCCUACCGCUGCAGCUGCUGCUGCAUCUCUAAUGUCUGAUGGUGGGGGUACACCUUUGUAGUUGUCCAGUAAUGUUAAUGUAUGCACAUAAGCAUAACUUGAUGUAUGUUAAAAUUUCAUGGCCCUACUAUUUUGUCUUUGGAAAUAGGAACUUGUAGUGGACAAGGUUAUGUGAAAGACUAAAAUGAUAGAAAGAUGUUUUCAUGCUCAAUAGUCAAUGAGUUGGUAGGGAAUGAGUAAUUUUGAAUGUGGUUAGGGGGAUCCAUCAAGUUUAUGAUUCAAUGACUGAAUUUGUGGAUAUUGUUAUGUAUAAAAUAGGUUCGGUUUAAUUUGAGAUAA